AUGGAGAAGAAGCUGUACGAUGCAUGUUUGGAAGGAGAUGUGGAGACGUUUGAGAUGUUAAUCAAAGGAGAUAAACUCACUCUUGCUCGGGUUUCAUUGUCUUCUUGCUUUAACCAAACACCCUUGCAUCUAGCUUCUAUGUUAGGUCAUCUUGAAUUUGUUAAGUCUCUCCUUUCUUAUAAGCCUGAUUUUGCAAAAAAUCUAGAUCUACAAGGUCGUUCUGCUCUUCAUUUGGCAUCUGCAAAUGGAUACCCGAGUAUCGUUAAACUGUUGAUAGAGUAUGAUCAGAACAUGUGCCGACUUUGUGAUGAGGAUGGAAGGACUCCUCUUCAUUUGGAUGUGUUUAAAGGUCAAGAUGAAUGUGUUAGUGAGUUGCUUAAAGUCGACUCUGAGUCUGGUCAAGAAAGAACCAUGUUGCAGUUGUGUGUCAAGUAUAACCGUUUGAAUGUUCUCAUUCUUAUUUUAGAAUCAAAUGAUCAGGAUUUGUCAAACAUCAAACAUGACGAUGGCAAUACUAUAUUACAAACUGCCACAGCUUUGGGACGAAUCCAGAUAAUAAAAUACCUAGUGAAGUGUAGAAGUGAAGUUGAUGUCAAUGCUGUAAAUAAAGAUGGUCUCACAGCUUUGGACAUGAUCGAGGAGAUGCCCCAAGAUGUGAAAAAUAAGGAAAUUAGGGAGUUCCUUAUCUCAGCUGGUACUACAAGGGCUAAAGCAGCCACAGCAGCAACGCCAACUAGCCUCCUGAUUCCUGGGGAAUACGGAGAAGAAAAGGGCCAUUAUAGUAAGUUGGUAAACCUGUGGAAGGAGGUGAAAAACUCUGCCAUCUUUCACGAGGAAGUGGAACGUAGAGACGAUACCUUACUGGUAGGAGCAUCGGUGAUAGCUGCUAUGGCAUUCGCAGCAGCUAUUAGCCCACCCGGUGGUGUUACUGGAUUCGAUGCUGAUGCAUUUAUUAACUCCCUGGAUAGUAAUUCCACGGAUAGUAACUCCACGCAGAGUGUUAAUAUGUUUCCUCCACCUGGGGGUUCCCUACUGGCCUACUUCUGGCCAGGAUUGAGUGAUGCAUUCUGGAUAUCUAACACCAUCUCCUUCAUGGCUUCUCUAAGUGUGAUAUUUCUGUAUGUAAGUGGUUAUGCUCUGAAGAAGAAGAUUUUUGUUCGGUUUAUUAGGGGGGCCAUGUGGUUAACACUCACAUCAAUGACUACUGCCUACGUAUGUGCAGUUGAAGCCACAAGCGCAGGUUAUGAGGCCAAGAAGAAUUUGGCACUUGUAAUGGGAUUUCUCGCGUGGAUGGGGAUGAUUGUGGUUGCCCUUCUGGUUGCUGCUUAUCCUUCGGUCCGUUGCAUAGUGACUGCAAUUGUAAGGAGGAUGGCUGCAAGGAACAAGGUCAAUACAUAUGAAGAUGCUACCAGUGUCAGCACCCCAGAUACUCAUAUUGUGUGAUUGAAAUAUAUGUAAUAAUGUUAUCAAGUUUUUUAGUUUACGAGCCUUAGUUAGCU